CCCUCGGCAGCUCUGGCUCGCUGCUGAGCUUUUAUUUAAAUCUCUUGAACGCAGCCCCGCAGCUUUUCUCUGCUGGUGAAGCUCAGUGCGCAUGCGCCCCGCUCGACACUCCAGUAAUCCGCCGGAGGAGAUUGCGAGCCCGUCCGCCGCCGCUGCGCUCCGGCUGCCACCAGCGAGGGAGAAUCAAAGCCACGGCGGAGAUGUGCGGACGUCUGGAUGUUAUUAUGGGAUGGAGAGGAGUUCUGCUGUGAGCGCGGCGACACCGGGACAGGAUGCCUCCGACAACGACAGCAGGCUGGGCUGGUAAAUGUGACACGACCGCAGACGGGGAUGAAGCCGGCAGAAGAUAGGAGCGUUUGUCUUUCUCUCUGGGAUCCAUAGAGGGAGGCGGCGAUCACCUUUUUUAGAGCAGGAUAGUAGGAACGCCGCUGUUGAUCACACGGCUGGAGUGGAGGCGCAUUCUCAGGAGCGUUAUCUGGGAUUAUUCAGCAGGCGCCGCUUCCUGGAGCUGGGAAAGCGCGUCUGACCGGUGCGCCCAAUCCAUGACCUCCUAAUUGAUGAGCCGGCGCAUUGUCUUCGUUUCCCCUCCUUAGCCGCCCGUCCAGAUGCUCGCUGCGAAGUUUGCCCCUCCGUGACAGCCCGGCGGCAAUGACGCUGGUUUCCAGGGGCUGCUUGGCCUCGCAGAGACCCGCGGUGACAUAAAUCGGAGCCGGACCGGCCGGGCUGCUGGCGGUGGGACCAAGCAGGAUCAGCCUCCUCCCGGCUCCUCUGUUGGAUCAUUCUUGCAAGAGCUGCUGCAACUCCUGAGGUGUAAAUAACUUUUUUUUUUUUUUUUUGCACUCUUAGAAAUCCUGAAAUACGAAAAAAACAAAACAAAAAUCAAACAAUUCUAUCCGUCCAUGAGGAUUUAUCGCAUGAAGUUUUGUCCUGCGUAGAAACGCAGCGGAUGUGUUGCUGUUAAAGCUCCACAGCAGCUGUUGGUCAGCCUGGAUGGCUGAAAGGGGAGACUUGGGUAUUUGCAUACUUGCACUUUAGCCAAAAACCCCUCCCUGCAAAUUCACUGCGUUCAUUUCCCCCAGUUUCCCCUCGUGUAAAUAUCUGGCCAUAUUUUAUUGUUUUUCACUUCUUACUCACAAGCUGCAGUUUGAGGGGCUGAAGAUGUUUGGGUUGCUGUCUUGUUAAAUCAGCAAACAGAAUUGCUUUCCCCAAAUCUUAAAGUUUUUCUUUUAGACUGAUCCGCUGAGCACGUUUAAUAGAGAAGACAGGACAAGCUUGCAAGGACUUAUCAAAUGCGAUGUGCAAGACUCGCUGCAGAGUGUGGCCAGCAUAAAAGAUGCAAGUAGAGAAUUGCAAGGCUUUGCGUCAGAAAAAGCUCCUUUUUUUAACCUCUGAAAUCACCAAAAAUGUUCCCGGAACUGAGAACUGUUUGCGUGAAUCAUGGGAAAUGCACGUCAGCCACAUCUUUUAAGCACAUUAGUUUCCACCUGAGCUGAGCAAGGCCACCCGCGCCAUCUUUAAGGGAACUUUGCGUGCUUCGCUUGCCUCCGCGCUGGAUCCCUCGUCAACUUGUGUGUCGCAGGGAAAAGCGAAGCGGACAGGUUCACGUAUCAGAAGGAAACCGGAGAGCUUUGGGCCUGCGUCUGUGGCGAUGGGGAGCUCGGCCUCGUCUCUCGCUGCGGAGACCGAGUCGGACCAUGGCUUCGGCGGCACCUCCUACCCAUCCACGCCCCCGGUGGGCUGGCUCCGAAACAGCCACAGCAGUCCGGUGUGGGGCACCACCUUCAUCACACGGCAGCACCAGCAGCCUCUGCCUCACCGGGCCCGCAGCCACUCCCACUCUCCCGGCUCCAUGGCCGCAGCGGUGCGCAGCAGCGAGUGGUCAUGCGGGCGCUGCACCUUCCUGAAUGCGGGCGCGUCGCCUCGCUGCUCCAUCUGCGAGGCACCGCGCCAGAAACCCGACCUCAACCAGAUCCUGCGGCUGAGCAGCACCGAGGAGCACCGCUGGACCUGUCCGCGCUGCACGCUCAAUAACCCGCAGGGAUCCGGCGCCUGUACCGUCUGUGGCUUCGGCCCGUCUUCUGCCACCAACACGCCCCCCGCCACGGCCGUAGCCGUCACUGCCAAUGGCCUCCCGUCUGCUCCAGAAGAGCCCUCAGCGCCCCCGGUCACCCCCACGGUACUGCUUGAGCCCAACGGACAGCAUCCCGGUAAGGAGGAAGGGCUGCGCCAGUCCGAGAGCAACGGGGAAGUGAGCGGCCACGACGAGCAGAACCCGGGCUGGGCUUGUACGCGCUGUACCCUCCAUAACACCCCUGUGGCGCUGUCCUGUUCCGCCUGCGGUGGUCCCCGGAAGCUCUCCUUGCCUAAAAUCCCCCCAGAGGCACUCGUGGUACCGGAGGUGCGCACGCCUGUCCUCGGGUUUCCCGUCCACGCCACCCCGUCGGCGCCGCUGCUCAUCGACCUCACAGACGAGUCCAACACCACCACUCCCUGCGAUCCUCAAGAAUCUCCCCAGGUUGCUUCACAGGGCCUCGCCGCGCCUUACCCGACGUUCCCCUCCCUCCAGAACAACCCGGUGCCCCGCAGCCGCAGAGAGGUCCCCCCGCCGGGUCGCCCUCAGAGCCAAGGAACCAACAGUCCCAGCCCCACGUCCCCGUCAACGGCCACCGUGCCCCCCCAGCCGGCCCCGCGGCUGGCCAAGCCCAAACACGCACAGCCCCAGGAACCUCUGUACCCGAGCAAGCGCCUCAGCAUCCUGGAAGAGGAGGAGCACCACCCCCUCACCCCCCACGCCGCCAACCCCACCUGGAAGUGCCCCAGCUGCUCUCUGCCCAAUGCUGUCGGCUUAGCAAAGUGCGAGGGCUGCAGAUCGUCGAGGGGCGGCGCGGACCUCAUCGACCUGGUGGGCUGUGAAACGGUGCGGUUUACUCCAGCCAGCCCAUCCAGCCCAGACUUCAGCACCUGGGCUUGCUCCAAGUGCACCCUGCGCAACCCCACAGGCGCACCCAAGUGCUCCGCGUGUGGUUCCUCCAAACUGCACGGCUUUCAGGAGCAGCAGUCCCCCCUGCCCCGAUGUUGUACGCAGUGCGGCCUCCCGUCCGGCUCUGGCUCUGCUUCGUGCUCCUGUCCGCCUUCCUCCACCCCAUCGGGUCACAAAGCGCGAAAACAGGCCCGGGUGUUCCCGUCCUCGGCGGCCGUCGCUUCCUCCAACCCCUCUGGCCUCCAGGACAAAGCGGGACAGUGGAGCUGCCCCGCGUGCACGCUCCUCAACGACGUGAAGGCCAAGUACUGCGCGGCCUGCCACACAGCGCAGCAGUACCUCACCCUGCGCAAGGUGGUGAAGCCGCUGAAGAGGAGGGAGAGCAUGCACGUGGAGGCCCGCCGGCGGAACGACGAGGGCGAAGCCAAGGAGCUUUGGGAGAACAUCGUCAGCUUCUGCAGGGAGAACUCGGUGAACUUCGUGGACGACAGUUUCCCCCCGGGACCGCACUCCGUGGGCUUCCCCGAGAGCGACAGCGUCCAGCAGCGGAUCAAAAAGUGGCUGCGUCCCCACGAGAUCAACUGCAGCAACUUCAAAGACCGAAGCGUCAAGUGGUCCGUCUUCCGCACGCCGCGGCCCUCAGACAUCCUGCAGGGACUCCUCGGGAACUGCUGGUUCUUGAGCGCACUGGCAGUGUUGGCAGAGCGCCCAGAGCUGGUGGAGAGAGUGAUGAUAACCAGGACCAUCUGCCCAGAGGGCGCCUACCAGGUUCGGCUGUGCAAAGAUGGCACCUGGACGACGGUGCUGGUGGACGACAUGUUGCCCUGCGACGACUAUGGCUACCUCCUCUUUUCCCAGGCUCAGAGGAAGCAGCUUUGGGUGGCACUGAUUGAGAAGGCCCUGGCCAAACUCCAUGGAUCCUACUUUGCCCUGCAGGCAGGGCGCGCCAUCGAGGGCCUGGCCACGCUGACCGGGGCCCCCUGUGACUCUCUCAUGCUUCAGGUCAGCUCCACAAACCCCCGGGAGGAGCCCAUCGACACCGACCUCAUCUGGGCCAAGAUGCUCAGCUCCAAGGAGGCUGGGUUUCUAAUGGGAGCUUCAUGUGGCGGAGGGAACAUGAAGGUGGACGACACUGUUUAUGAGUCCUUGGGCCUGAGGCCUAGACACGCCUAUUCCAUUUUGGAUGUUCGAGAUGUGCAAGGUUACAGGUUGUUGCGGCUGCGUAACCCAUGGGGUCGCUUCUCCUGGAACGGCAGCUGGUCGGACGAGUGGGUGGACUGGCCUCAGAACCUACGGCAUGAGCUAAUGGCUCAUGGCAGCAGCGAGGGGGUCUUCUGGAUGGAGUACUCCGACUUCAUAAAAUACUUUGACUCGGUCGACAUCUGCAAGAUCCACUCAGACUGGCAAGAGGUGCGGCUGCAGGGCUGCUUCCCCAGCAAGGCCAGCGGGCCGAUCACCGUCACAGCCCUCACUGUGCUGGAGAGGACGGACCUGGAGUUUGCCCUCUUCCAGGAGGGAAGCAGGCGCUCGGACACGGCUGACAGCCACCUGCUGGACCUGUGCAUCAUGGUGUUCCGCGCUUCAUUCGGCAGCGGCAACAAGCUGACUCUGGGCCGCCUGCUGGCCCACAGCAAGCGGGCUGUGAAGAAGUUUGUGGGCUGCGAUGUCAUGCUGGAGCCGGGGGAGUACGCCGUGGUCUGCUGCGCCUUCAACCACUGGCAGAUGAACGUGAGCGGCACGGCCGGCCCGCCCACACCCAUCUCCAGCCCCACCAGCGGACCGGCACGGCGGCCCAGCCAGGACUUCCCCGGCUACAUCCUGGCCAUCUACAGCUCCCGACAGGUCAUGGUGGAGCAGGUGGAGGCCAUCCCCACCACGCUCGCUGACGCCAUCAUUCUGCUGACGGAGAACAAAGGCGAAAGACACGAGGGCCGGGAGGGCAUGACAUGCUACUACCUGACCCACGGCUGGGCAGGGCUCAUCGUGGUGGUGGAGAACCGCCACCCAAAGUACUACCUCCACGUCUCCUGUGACUGCACUGAUAGCUUCAACGUGGUGUCCACUCGCGGCAGCCUCAAGACCAUAGACAGCGUACCACCUUUACACAGGCAGGUGCUGGUGGUGCUCUCCCAGCUUGAGGGCAACGCUGGCUUCUCCAUCACCCACCGCCUCGCCCACCGUAAGGCGGCGCAGGCGUCCCUGGGCGACUGGACUCCCACCAAGGCCACCCACAGCCCGCACCUCACCCCGGACAUCGAUGGCCUGCACCGGCCCCGGCCUCUAUGACCCCCGCCCUCUCUACCCCUCACCCAUAGACUUUAAUCCCAUCAACUGUCUGACCACUGAAAAAAAAAAAAAAAAUCCAAGCAGGGUAGAAAAGAGCUGCGUGGAGCGUUAAGAUGUAGGGGAGAAUGUUUUUAUUUUUGGACGUGCACAUAGUUGUGAAGCCUACGUGGGCAUUUAUUCGACCUCCAUCCGAUGCUCCAUAGCUGCAGUAGUUUUUCAUCACACACUCGCCAAGUGGUUGUGCCAUGAUGAGAAGAGGGGGGGGGGGGUUGUCGGCUGUUUGCACUGUGUGAGAAACGGACAUCUGGAUCCCUCUGACUUGUUUGGAGGUGCAGAGCUGAAACUACUGAGCCACGGCGCGGCCCGCAGGCAGAGACGCUCCCCCACAUCAUCCUCACUUAGAGCAGGAGGCUCCCUAGUUCUACGUAUGGUACAUUAUGAGCCAGACCCUCUGGGUUUCCGUUGUAAUUAAUGUUUCUUUUAGAUUUAGUCUUGUUUUAUAGCCUGACCCAUGCCGUCUUAUCCAUCAUGGUGCACUUGAGGUUUGUAGACAAAGCCAUCACGCAUACAGUGCAGUCUGUCCCCGCUCUUUCUCAUCUCCACGCCGCAGCGUAGCUCAGGACCAAACUUUGUUUCUUACCAUCCUGCAGUUGUUUUAGUAGCUGGUGCUCAGAAAGCUGGAUUUGGUGUGUGUGUCUCUGUUUUCUCUGUUUUCUCUGGUGUCCGUGCUGCUGGGGGCGUUCAGCCCUGCCUCAUCUGAUCCAAACGCUGACAGCGAGUCGGCCGAUUCGUUUAGAAAUGCUGAAACAACGUCGCAAUCCUCUGCUCGGAUUAGACAACACAGACCUCCUUCCUGAUGCUUGUUUCCUUUCAUUUUCAGCUGAAUUGUUCCAGGUGCAAUAGAUUUUCUUACCUAAAGGGGUCGUUUGGAGUGAGCUUCUGUUCAGGAGAGAACCUAGCAUCUCACCUGCUGUUUACCUGCAGGGCAAAGCUAACGGCUAGUCCAAGAGGAGCCGGCGCCAAAGCGGACUUCUGCCGUCACAAACAACUAGAAUAAAAAAAAAACAUCAUAGCUGUUCGUGUCAACGCUGCGUUAUAAAGCUUUAAGUCCUCAUUACUUCUUUAACAGCUGUUCUUUUUAGUUACUCAGAACUCUGGGAUUAUUUGCACUGAAAGUAGGAGGACCAAGAAUGAAACGUGUCAACAUGACUCCACGUUAAACAAGAAUAGGUCGCCUUUUUUUUUUAACGCAGCUUUGACCUGCUUAUUUCUAUUUAAGAACCAGAAGACGGAGGAAAAAAAGUUCAAAAUAUUUUAUUCUCGCCUCCUUGCUGAGUUUUUAUAUUAGGGGAGCAGAGGCGUGUGGCGGAACAGUUGCUUUAAAACAGGGUUUUACUAAAAAGAUCAAACCAACGUUACAUUUUAAACUGUCUCCAGCAUCUUAUGUUAGCGAUUGGCACAGUUAGCAUCUGAUUGAAAUGCAUAGAAAAAGCAUUUCCCUCCUCAACUCAGCAAAAAAGGCAGCAGACGUCCAAAUUAAGCAGAUUCUGUGGGAAAAUGAGAGGCCGAAGCUAAAUGAAAGAUAAAUGUUGGUCAGCCUUCCUGUUAUCCGGGUUUAGUCUUGCUCUCACUCUCAUUCCUUCACAGAUGUCCUUUUUAAUCGCUUCUUAUAUUGUAUAACUAUGAUGUUCUGGAUUUGGAGUCAUUCUGAUGUGAUGGAAGUCUGCGUUGGGCUCAGACCGCUCUUUGACUAGCUGUUGGAAAGAAGCCAUGAGAACGAUGACUGCAGCUCAAGAAUCCUGAACUGUCCCUUUAAGGGACCAGUUAUUAUCUUUGCUCAUAGACUUUGUCUUUAGGAGAUUUAACAUCAGGUGGCACUCUAAGCCAAGGUCAGUUUGGAUCCAUUAAGGCUUGCACAGUUUGUCAACAUGUCACUUUAAGUUUUAGUGUAGCUGGAAAUCUUUACAGGGAGCUGCUGAGUCUAUUUCAGGAGAUCAGGGACUUGUCGUCGGUUUGGAGGAAGCACAUUUAGGGAAUGUGGCGGAACCAGAGCUGUUUCUAUGUGUGCUGUUGUUUGGCUUCUGCUGGAGUCAAAGCCAUCCCUCCUCAUGAUUGUCCUCGCCAUGGCAGCGCUGCAGCUUUAUCAGAAAGAAACGCAAAAGAUUAAUGCGGUACUAAAGUCAAAGGGAAGAGUGGCUGACUUUUUUUAAUUAAGUUUUUGUCUUACGAUUACUUUGUGUAAUGGGGAAACACUUGAAAGCUGAUGAGCAAAGUUCCUGAUGCGUUCAUAAUUAAUGAUUAGCAGUUAUAUUAUUGAGCGCUGAAACUUUAAAUCCUUUUAAAUAUUUACUGCGGGCGACUGAGCUAUAGAAGAGUGGGAACGUUGAUCAUCUUCGUCGCUUCAGUGUUUUCUUUCUGAAGUCAGAAGCGUCUCUUUCAUGCCUCUCACUGUGGGGCUGUUUAUUGUCUGGUUUAUUCAGACAAGGGAUUUGCAGUCAGGGUUUUCCGAUGAAAACUUUAGAUUUGCUGAGUUCAUAAAUGAGAAAAGGAUUGUGAUGAAGUUUGUUUUAUCGUGAGAAGAAGUAAACGUGCACUGAGACACCUGCAAAGACGAGGCACCUCGACCUUUUAAUGUCAUGAGAUUCAGUUUUGUUGUUUCCUUUUCCUGUCAUGUUUGUCAUGUUUAGCUCUGUUUCUGUUGAGUUGUGUUGGUGGCGCCCCCUGCUGGUGACACGGCUGCAGCCAGGGAACAAGUGGUCAGAGCAGCCAACCCAAUGCCUUUCCUCUCCUCCUCUUUUCCUCUUUGUAAAUUGUACAGACUGCAAAAAUUACAAGACUCAACAGAUUUAAAAUAAUAAGAGGUAAAAAAAAAAAAAAGCUGAUCCUUUUAAACUUGUAAAAACGUUACAGUAUGAUAGUAGAGAUGAACAGAAAAAUAACCUGAUAUGAAAAAAAUGAAUAAAACAAUUGCUGACGAAUGUGAUAUAUAUUUUAGUGAUUUUUAGGGGGGGAAAAGUGGGUUGGGUUAAUAAUAUCUGUACAAAUCUGUAUGUUUAAUUUUCAAUCUCAGGUUCCGAUGGACCAAAUAAAUUUUUUUUAAAUUAAAAAA